GCACGGCAUUUCCACUUGAUAACACCUCCACCAGUGCCUGAGUACCAGCUGCAGGAUCAGCUGGAUUUUCAUGGUCAGGUUAACACGUGGCUUCUCCAGUGUCGAAACCUUUCCUUAUCUGCUUCUCCCGAGAGAUUUCUUUUACGACCCUCUUGUCCUUUGCUGACGUGAAGCCAACCUUUGUCAUGAAGCGAUGGGCUGAGAGGCUCACAAAGCCACGGCAGCAAACUUCGACUGGAGAAACGCCAGAGGCUCAUAUCUCUCCACACAAGAAUGAAACAUGUGAUUGUGCACCUCGAGGUGAAUGGUUCAAGAUUUUCUUGCUAUUAAAAAGCUCCUUAGAUAAUUCUUCAAUUUCCUGAAGAAGACUGUCCCCGAGGAACACUGGAUCCAACUGCACGGAUAUUACACGACCAGCAUCUUCUCACCAGAAAACAUUGCAGGCAUGAGGGUGCUACACUGGUGCAUGCUGGGAGUGACCCUCCUGCUGCUGAUGUGUGAGGUCGCCGUCAGUCAGCUGUGCAUGUCCCUCAUCACCCUGGUGGAUGGUUUCCACACGCUCUUCAUCGCCAUGCGCAUGGCUCUUCGUCUUCCAGAGGCUGAGGUCAAACCUUCGAUAUGUCCUCCACGUGAUUCCUCCUCUUUAGCAGUGCGUCUUCCAACCCCACCUGCAUCCAUCAAACCUCUACCCGCGUCCCACACUGUCACCAAAGAUUCGGCCACAUCAGAUCAGCUUUCACCCGCUCAGCCUGACCAUGAUUCGGCUUCACAGGUCAACUCGCAUCAGCUCGUCUUCCCACAAAUUCCUCCUGCAGCUACAAACUGUGGUAUGUGCUACACCGACAGCAGGAUCCAGGCUGUGGGGAUUUUCAUUUCCACCCUCCUCCUGGCCUCUCUGUGCACCUCUUACAUGAUUGAAAUCAUCAGCUUUUCCCUGGAGCCACACCCAGUGCAGCGCCCCCUGCUGCUCGUGGUGGUUGGAGCCGUGAGUCUGCUCUACAAGAUGCUGCUGUUUGUGCUGCAGUGGGAUCAGGAAGAGAGGGUUGGGGGAAGCAAGCAGCCAGAAUCCUACCCUCAGGUCCACCACACAGUUUCGGCUGAACAGGAAUCCGUAGACUGGGGGGAAUCCAAAGAGACUCGCCAAUCAAAAGUACAGUCCGCAGCAGAGGACUCGCUCCAAGGAGGAGGGGGAGCGCUCGUCCUCUGUAACCCGGGAACCUCCAGUGUCCCUGGCACUGACUCUGAGACACCGCAGCAAGAGAUGGACGUCCACCCGGAUGACUGUGAAGAACAGACCAGCGUUAAAGACUUGGAGUGUGAGAGUCGUUCAGAAGACGCCGCAGAGAGUCAUAAAUACAACACAUCAUGUAUGGGACAUCUUGAUGGUCAGAAGUCAUCACAUCAUGUUGAGAGACCAGUACCCUGCGGUCCAUGGCCAGUCUGCGUCUUUUCAUUCAUCUUUGUCAUCCAAGGACUUUUUACUUCCUUCCUGGCUCUGACCAACAGCGUAGUGAUGCUACUACUCAUCCCUCAGUUCCCACACAGCACUGAAACGUGCAGCCUACUGGUUUACCUGGACCCUGCCCUCUCUCUGCUGGGUGUGAUUACACUCCUAGCUACAACUCUACCACAGGUUUACAGGUACGGGCUACUGCUGCUACAGGCCACACCUCCACAGGUGUGUGUGUCUGACCUCGGGCGGAGGAUUGCGAGCGUGCCCGGAGUGCAGGCCGUGCACGACCUCCACAUCUGGCAGCUGACUGAAUCACUCAUAGUGGCCUCUGUCCACGUGCACUGCUACGCCAGCUUUCCAGCACACAGGUGUGCCGAUCUGAUCUCAGGUGUCACUAAAGUGCUGCAGAGUGUGGGGGUUUGCUGCUGCACUGUUCAGCCAGAGUUUACCUCCUGCUCCGGGUCCUCUACAGACGGCGGGGGCGACGCCUGCCCUGUGGUCCACAGAGAGGACCCCUCCUCGCCUCCUCUCCUGGCCUGCAGCCUCUCCUGUGGGAAGGCCUGCGCUGGGAACAUGUGCUGCUCUCUUCUAGAGGAGACGACCCACAGCCGACGGACGCCUCUACCUGGCGAACCAAAAGAGGAGGCUCAGACUCUGGUGAUCGAGAACACCUUCGUCUGAAAAGUAUUAACCAAAGAACCACACUGCAGGGAAUGAUGCUUAGGAAGCUAAUGUUGAGGUGAAGAUGGUGGGGAAACAAACUGAUCUGAAAAAAAAAAUGUAUCUCUCUUAAAACACUGACUGGUCGUUAUAUUUAAAUGUUUUUUGUUAGUUUUAUCGCAUUAAGAUUUUUUUGUUGUGUUUUUGUGCAUUUGUACCUGGAAACCCUGUAUUCUCAAUUAAGUUUGUGUGAAAUGAAAUAAAUGAUUAUAUGUAA